GACGCCACUACUCUCACAAUGUACACAUGCAUAUGUACUUGUCUCUCACGCGACAUACAUAGUGCGUCCAUGUGCCCUUGGUCGAAAAGGAGAGCCGUCCACCAGCUAGCCAGGUGCCCGCAUGUGUGAGAUUUGCGUGGAGUCACCAACUCUCCUUCCUUUCGCCUUUUGUCAGGCUUGCUUUGCGCUUUUCGAUGAGCCUCACACCAAAAUAUCAACAUCCUUGGAGUGUCUGUCACACACACCGCAGCGCCACCUAUCUCUAAAAGCCUCUCCCAAAAGAACAUGCGUGCUACAGCUAGUUGCAGCAUUGAUCUGUACUCUGCAGGUUCCCAACAGGUUGAUCUCGACCUCUAGAGCUGUUGUGACGCAGGUCACUUGUGACCAUGUGACCCGUAGGCUUGUGGUGGCCAGGUACAAGUUGCCUCGAGGCUCCAGCACUCAAGGGCAGUACGUCAGCCUUGUAUAGUGUUGUAUGGCCAGGCCCACACGUCAACGCUCCAUUAAGGAAUAUAGUUUACAAACGCG